ACACACAAGAUAAAGCUCUACACAAAAACAACCACAGCCACUGAGAGGACAACCGCUGGAGGACACACUGGAAACACUGGGUUGCUGGAAUACUGGAAUACCUGAACUUCAACAAGCUGCCGACUGAGCCACGACUCAAAGUGAAAGUAAAUCUGUAAGUCUGUUUGCUGGGCUUUCAGUUUUACUUAGAGACAAAAUGUCUUCCACAUCAGACGAGGAUUUCUUUUGUCCCAUCUGCCAUGAUAUCUACAACGAUCCUGUUGUCCUUUCAUGCAGCCACAGCUUCUGUAAAGCCUGUCUGCAGCGAUGGUGGAGGGGGACACAGGUAAUUUUGUGUCCGUGCUGUAAGAGAAGAUCGUCGAAGAGUGAUCCACCUCGUAACUUGGCUUUAAAGAACCUGUGUGAGGCGUUCAAGAAGGAGAAAGAUCGUAGAGAUUCAGUAAAGUCUGAGGUUCUCUGCAGUCUUCACGCUGAGAAGCUAAGACUCUUCUGUCUGGAUCAUAUGGAGACUGUGUGUCUCAUCUGCAGAGAUUCAAAGAAACACACCGGCCACACAUUCAGACCCAUUGAUGAGGCUGCACAGGAUAACAGACAGGAGCUGAAGAAAAACCUGAAGCCUCUGCAGGAGAAACUGAAGCAGCUUGAGCAAGUUAAAGGAAACUGGGACCAAACAGCACAGUACAUUCAGGUCCUGGCCCAAAACACAGAGAGGCAGAUAAAGGAGCAGUUUCAGAAGCUCCACCGGUUUCUAAAAGAGGAAGAGGAGGCCAGGAUCACUGCUCUGAAGGAGGAAGAGGAGCAGAAGAGUCAGAUGAUGAAGGAGAAGACUGAGGCUCUGAGCAGAGACAUAGCAGCUCUUUCUCACACAGUCAGAGUCACAGAGGAGGAGCUGAGAGCUGAGGACGCCUCAUUCCUGCUCAGCUACAAGGCUGCGGUGGAAAGAGUCCAGCAGCGCCCCCUGCAGGAUGAUCCACAGCUGCUCUCAGGGGCUCUGAUAGACGUGGCCAAACACCUGGGCAACCUGACCUUCAACAUCUGGAACAAGAUGAAGGAGAUGGUCUCCUACACUCCUGUGAUUCUGGAUCCGAACACUGCUGACCCCGAGCUUGUUGUGUCUGGAGAUCUGACCAGUGUGAGAUCUGGAGGCCGUCAUCAGCUUCCGAAAAACCAGGAGAGGACCAAAUUCUCCUGCUCCGUUCUCGCCUGUCAAGGAUUUAACUCAGGGACUCAAAGUUGGGACAUUGACGUCGGAGACAACAAGGACUGGGAACUAGGCAUGUUGGGAGAGCAGAGCACGAUGAACGAACGCCCGCAGGCUGGACUGUGGAGAAUUAUGUUCUCCAACAGGAAGUUGACAGCGUUCUCCACAUCAGGCUUAGAGCAGGAUCUGUCUCUGACGAAGAAGCUCCAGAGGAUCAGAGUUCGUCUGGACUUCGAUGAAGGAAAACUAUCAUUCUAUGAUCUUGACUCCAACACACACAUACACACAUUCAACGACACUUUCACUGACACCCUGUUUCCAUACAUUUACACAGAGAGUCGCCUCUCGCUGAAGAUUUUACCGUUGAAGGUCUGUGUGACCGUGAAACAGCCAAGUUAAAGAUCAUGAUGACAGAGUUGGGAAAUAUGACAAGAUCUACUGAGAGAGGAAAAUUCUCGAUUGACACAAAUCUUUCUUUUCAUUUGCCAAAAUAUCUUUUAUAUUUUUAUCUUUGGUUGUGUUACCAACUUGGGGGUAACACUGGAUUUACAUGAUUGAUACGUCAAUGUAAUGAAUAAUGUAAAAUUACAAAAAAAAGUACGAGGAAGGACCUCAUGAGAAGUCUGGAAGCUUAAACUGUCAAAAUCUGCUCCAGCAAGUUAAAGAGCGAAGAAACUGUUAAAAAUACUUUUUUGUUGUUUUGUUGUUUAUCUCCAAUAUUCAGCAGGAAACUUUUAAAAUAUGAACAAUUCUAAACAGAGUUUGGUGGAUUUGUUACAGCUCUUCUGGUUCCGGAAGCAGGGGAUCAUGGGUAAUAUCCACUGCUGAGUUGUGUUUCAGUUCAGUGAGUGGGACGACACAGUCUGAGCUCCACUCAACACAUUGUUGUUGAAAACCACAAGCAUGGAGACCAGACAUGGAGCCCAACAUCGCGUGCCAACAGUGCUUCUGCCGACGUCUUGUCACUAUAGCGACCCACCCCGAGAUGAUGGUGACAAAGCUGGGAUGUCUUUACAGAUUCUGUAAUUUCUUUAAUUUCUUUCUGUGCUGUGAAGUCUUUUGACAUUGGAUGGUGUGGUGUUUUUGGAUAAAAUGAUUAGAAAUAGGUGGAAGGUCAGUUAACGAGGAAUAGCUCAGGUAGGAGGGCAGUAUAACUUCAGUGUUUUGUGUUAUGUUAUGUUGAAAAUGUGAAUAUAUAAAACUGAUUAGAUGUAAAGUAAAAAUCCUUUUGU